CCUGUUUCUAGCCUGGAAGGGGCCGCCCGUAAUGAUGUCACCUGCUGGAAGGCCCCCCGAAACAGCCAGUUGGAAGCUCGCGAUUACAAGUCGACUGCAUGGAUUACGACACGAGGUGACUUGAUGGGCUGUUGUUUGGACGUUUCCCCACCAAAAACGGUCGGGGAGUCGCAGCUUAUCAUGCACUUGAUGCACUGGAUGCACUUCCAGCUCCCACGUACGCCGUGGAGCAGACGGGUUUGGGGGACAACGAGUGUGUUUUCAUGCAUUCUUCCAUUGCGUGCUACUGCUCUGCUCCUGUACCAGUCAGUGUGCUACUACCACUACCACUACCACAGUGAGAGGGCACCUUUACCCCUCAGCAUUACCGCAAUAUCUUUGUAAUAUAUGUAACUCUAGCGAGUCUAGCGAGGACUCCAAUCCUCCUCUCCCAAUCUCAUGCCUCUGCAUUCCGCCAAAGCCAUCCUGUCGCGGCCAGUCUUUCCACAACUAUUUCUCAAGUCAAGCAAUCGCAUAAUCCUGUCCAAUUCUCGUUUCGCCUCGCAAAUACGCAGCAUGUCCGAAUACAAACUCAAAGACGUCACCGCAUUGUCGCUUGCUCCUGGCGAGAAGCGGGAAGUUGAGGUCGAGGGCAUCGAAGGCGCCAAGGUCCUGCUCGUCAAUGCCGCUGGCAAGAUCCAAGCCAUAGGACCCAAGUGCACUCACUAUGGUGCUCCUCUAAUGAAGGGUGUGCUGACAAAGUCUGGGCGUCUUACUUGCCCAUGGCACGGAGCAUGUUUCAAUGCGGGAACCGGCGAUGUCGAGGACGCACCAGCGCUAGACGCCCUACCAGUCUUCAAGGCAAUCGAGAGAGAUGGCGCUGUCUACAUCACAGGCGACGAGGCCACCAUCAAGGCGGGAAGGCGACAACCGAAUGUCAAGUCCGCAAGUGGACAAGCUCAAGGAGAUCGAAUUGUCGUGGUUGGCGGUGGUAGCGGUGCCAUGGGUUUGGUCCAGGGCCUACGAGAGAGCGGCUACGGUGGCCACGUCACCAUGAUCACCAACGAGGGCAACCUUCCCCUUGAUCGUACAAAGCUGUCGAAGGCCUUGAUUGCGGACGAGUCGAAGAUCGAAUGGAGGGAUGAGAACUGGUACAAGAGCGCAUCAAUCGAUGUGGUGAAAGAUGAGGUCACGAGUGUCGAUUUCGCCGACAAGUCCGUCGCUACGAAGGGGGCAGGAAAGAUCAAGUACAGCAAGCUGGUCUUGGCCACCGGUGGCACACCUCGUAAUCUCCCCCUGCAGGGCUUCAAGGUGCUCGGCAACAUCUUUCCUCUGCGCACAGUCAAGGACACCAAGGCCAUCACAGCUGCCAUCGGCGAGGAGAAGGGCAAGAAGAUCGUCAUCAUCGGUAGUAGCUUCAUUGGUAUGGAGGUCGCCAACGCCACUUCCAGCGACAACACUGUAACAGUGGUUGGUAUGGAGGGCGCACCUCUGGAGAGAAUCCUUGGAAAGGAAAUCGGUGCCGGUUUCCAGAAGUCCUUUGAAGGCAAGGGUGUCAAGUUUUACAUGAGCGCACAGGUUGACAAGGCUGAGCCUUCCACUUCUGACCCGUCCAAGGUUGGGUUCGUCACGUUGAAGGACGGAACGAAGCUUGAGGCAGAUCUGGUUAUUCUUGGUAUCGGCGUGUCACCUGCCACCGAGUACCUAAAGGAGAACAGCGUCGUUCGUCUGGAGGAUGAUGGAUCGUUGAAAACAGAUGAGAACCUCUCGGUAGUGGGCUUGAAGGAUGUCUACGCCAUUGGCGACAUCGCCUCUUUCCCAUACCACGGACCUGGUGGAGACGGCAAGUAUAUCCGCAUUGAGCAUUGGAAUGUUGCACAGCAGUCCGGUCGUGUUGUCGCCAGACAUAUCGUCAAUCCUUCGCUGAAACCCGAGAGAUUCACGCCCAUCUUCUGGUCCGCACUUGGUGCACAGCUGAGAUACUGUGGUAACACUGUUGGCGGAUAUGAUGAUCUCAUCUUGCAUGGGAAGCCCGAGGAGAGCAACUUUGUUGCCUACUACACGAAAGGAGAGACAGUGGUCGCUUUAGCUAGCAUGGGUCGGGAUCCUGUGGUGGCACAGGCAGCAGAGCUGAUGAGAAGAGAUAAGUUCCCCUCCAAGAGCCAGAUCACCGGUGGGUUGGAUAUCCUUUCCCUCGGGCCCCCGGAAUAAACUAGUAGUUACGUAGACGGCAAUGAACACAUGCUGAUGGUCAGUAUAUGAAUACUAUCCUCUGAAUCUUUUCGAUUCCUCGAAAUGCCAAUCUCACA